GGGCGAGAGAGAGACCGGAGGGGAAGCGCCCGCCCGGGCAGCAUGGUGAUGGCCGAGCCCCGGCGGCUUCCCCCCGCUGCGCUGCUGCAGCCGCCCUCGGCGUCCCGCGGAGGGCCGGGCCCCGUCCGCGUCGGCUUCUACGAGAUCGAGGGCACGCUGGGCAAGGGCAACUUCGCCGUGGUCAAGCUGGGGCGGCACCGCAUCACCCGCAGCGAGGUGGCAAUAAAAAUCAUUGACAAAUCUCAGCUUGAUUCUGUGAAUCUGGAGAAAAUUUAUCGCGAAGUUCAGAUAAUGAAAAUGCUGGAUCACCCGCAUAUUAUCAAGCUUUAUCAGGUGAUGGAGACCAAAAGCAUGUUGUACCUUGUGACGGAAUUUGCCAAAAAUGGAGAAAUAUUUGAUUACCUUGCGAAUCAUGGGCGGUUGAGCGAGUCUGAGGCAAGGCGCAAAUUCUGGCAAAUCCUCUCUGCCGUCGAAUACUGUCACAGCCGGAAGAUUGUGCACCGGGACCUCAAAGCUGAAAACCUCCUGCUCGAUAACAACAUGAAUAUCAAAAUAGCAGAUUUUGGGUUUGGAAAUUUCUACAAAAGUGGAGAGCCUUUGACAACGUGGUGUGGAAGCCCCCCCUAUGCUGCCCCCGAGGUCUUUGAAGGUCAACAGUAUGAGGGUCCACAGCUGGAUAUUUGGAGCAUGGGUGUCGUUCUUUAUGUCUUGGUCUGUGGAGCGCUCCCUUUUGAUGGACCUACUCUUCCCAUCUUGAGGCAACGGGUCCUGGAAGGGAGGUUCCGGAUCCCCUAUUUCAUGUCAGAAGAGUGUGAACACCUUAUCCGGAGGAUGCUGGUCCUGGAUCCAGCAAAAAGGCUGACAAUUACUCAGAUUAAAGAGCACAAGUGGAUGCUAGUAGAGGUCCCAGUUCAGAGGCCUGCUCUCUACCCCCAAGGGCAGGAGAAUGAGCCUUCAAUCGGAGAAUACAACGAGCAGGUUCUGCGACUGAUGCAUAGCCUGGGAAUAGACCAACAAAAAACCAUUGAGUCGCUGCAGAACAAGAGCUACAACCACUUUGCUGCUAUCUAUUACUUGCUCAUUGAGAGACUCAAGUCUCAUCGCAGCAGCUUCCCUGUGGAUCAGCGGCUGGAUUCCCGUCAGCGACGACCAAGCACCAUCGCUGAACAGACAGUCGCCAAGACCCAGGCAGCAGUGGCACCGGUCAGCCUGCGCCCCCAGAACGUGAGAUUGCUGAGGUCUCCCGGCCUGCCUCCCACUUCCGCCGCCGAAGCUUUCUCGUUUUCUCCUUCCGGCUGCCAGGCAGAAUCCGCUUUCAUGGAGGAAGAGCGCAUUGACACGCCAAAGCUCAAUGGCUGCCUUCUGGAUCCUGUUCCCCCUAUGAUGGUGAGGAAGGGGUGCCAGUCCCUGCCUAGCAGCAUGAUGGAAACCUCCAUCGACGAAGGCAUAGAGACGGAAGGAGAGUCCGAAGAGGAUCCGGCACAAGCCUUCGCUGCCCUGCAGGCCACUCGCUGUGGGAAGAGGCGUCACACUCUUGCGGAAGUGACCAACCAGCUGGUUGUCAUGCCAGGCACAGGGAAAGUCUUCUCCAUGGAUGAGAACCAGUCCUUGAGCAGCGUUGACUCGGAAUAUGACAUGGGAUCCCUCCAGCAGGACCUGAACUUCCUGGAAGACACCCCCUCCCUGAAGGAAAUGGUACUGGCCAAUCAGCCAGCUCCCAGGAUGACGCCCCGUUUUAUCGGGCUGAGACCCGCCAAUCCUGCCAUGCAGGCACUGGCCUCUCAGAAGAGAGAAGCCCACAACCGUUCCCCCGUUAGCUUCCGAGAGGGGCGCAGAGCAUCGGACACAUCACUAACACAAGGGAUUGUAGCAUUCCGACAGCAUCUUCAGAACCUGGCCCGAACCAAAGGAAUCCUGGAGCUGAACAAAGUCCAGCUGCUGUAUGAACAGAUGAGGUCAGAAGACGGACCCGCCCUGACAUCCACCUCUCAUUUGCAAGACCUUGGGAGCGGUCCCCACCAGGAGGAGGCAUCCCAGCAGCAGGAAGCGGCCUCUGUCUUUCCUAACGGCGUGCAUCCCCAGCUGCUGUCCAGGCGGCAAAGCUUAGAAACUCAGUAUUUGCAGCACAGGCUCCAGAAGCCCAGCCUGCUUUCAAAAGCUCAAAACGCUUGCCAGGUUUUUUGCAAGGAGCUGCCACGGAGCCUGGAACAACAGCUACAGGAGCACAGGCUGCAUCAGAAGCGGCUCUUCCUUCAGAAGCAAUCCCAGCUGCAGGCUUACUUCAACCAGAUGCAGAUAGCCGAGAGCACCUACCCCAGGUCCAGCCAGCUGCCCCUCCCCUGCCACGAAGACCAGCAGCCCCCGCUGCCACGCCCUCCCCAGUUCGGCCUGGUGCAGCCCCUGAGCCCUCUCCUGGAGCCUUCCACGGAACAAAUGCAGUGCGACCCUUUCCUUAGCCAGUAUCAGAAGCUUCCGCUCGACCAGCCGUCCUCGCCUCAAGUCCACAGCGCGUCUCGGUUGCCGUCACAGAUUCCCAUGCAGCAUCAGCAGCAUCAGUAUCCCUAUCAGACUUGCGAACUGCCCCUUGGCGCCUCGUCUGAGCCGGACUAUGCCAGUCAGCAUCCGUAUCCCUUGGACCCAGCCCAGCAGAGCGGUGUAGCAGCAACCGACAGCCAGAGGAGCUCUGACUCUCCGGGGGCCCCGUCCAGCUACGAGGCGUUGGGCCUGGGGGAGUUCCCGGGACUCUUCGAUUGUGAAAUGAUGGAAACUGUCGACCCCCAACAUGGCGGCUAUGUCUUGGUGAACUAGCCAGUGUUGGAGCGUUCUGGGUGGAAGGCAGUUCGGUUAAAGCGGAGGACAGAAAUACGUGUGGAUUUCCGUUUACGUUCCAUCCCUAAAAUUUCUUGGCUUAUGAUCCAACCCUUGACCCUAACGGGUGAAUGUACUAACCCUCCUAAUUGGUACUAGCGGGGCAGGGCUGAGCGUCCCUCUCCCGGAAAGCUCGUCGGCAGGAGCUUGAGGCAGGGACCGCACUUUUUGGGGAAGCAGGGCAGGAGGCAGGCAAGGAAGGAGGGAGGGCAAGCUAUAACGCAUGGGCCUUCCAAACCGUCUGGUGUUCCGUGGGCUGCAUCCUGUCUGUCAGAAGGAACCUGGUGGAGUUCGGGAAGGAAAACAGAUGCGUGACGCACCAGACUUCUUGGCAAUAAAAGCAAUACCUUUUUUUUUUUUUCUCUUUCCAAUGGAACUCAGCAAAGACUUGGCUUGUUUUUUAAGGGAAACCAGGAGCGUAGCCCGCCCAGGUCACUGCAGACUUGGCUUGUAGCUACCGAUGUCGGACCAGGCUGUAGCGGAUUCUUGGAGGACCCCCAGGGCACCCCCGGCGGCUUCCGCUUCCACCUCUGGGCUCGGAACGUUUUUCUCAAUGCAAACCAGGAGAUGUCUGCUCUUGACACACCGUGACAGAUCCCUGGCUCUUCGACAAACAGGUCUGGGAUGUCCAUCUAUCGACAAGACCCUGGAUCUGACUUGUAGGAUUUCCACAAGACUCUCGUAUUAGGAGAUUCUAAAGAGACUGGCGGGUGGGGGUGGGGAGGGUGAAAAAAGGUGAAGCUGAGAGCUGCUUCCGGACCUCAUUCUGAUCACUGGAGAAGUUGUUUUAAGCUGCCCUUGGUUGUUUCUCUGCUGAAAAGAGGCAGCCGUAAUUGGGCUGAACAGUGUGCAUUGCUGGUGGUGUGUUAGGCUUUGUAUAUUUGGACUGUUAGUUAGGGGAUUAGCAUUUAAGGAUGAAACACGACAAGCUUAUCAGAAAACCCAUGUGAAGUGAUAGUGCUGUGCCUUUUUGGGUUCUUUUAAAGAGAUCACGCGUUUCUUUUCUAUCUUUUUUUCCCCUUUUCUUUCUGAAAUAGAAAAAUACCCCAGUUAUAUCCACGCUGGCACCAAAGUCCCUUUGGAGCCAGAGUUCCACCGUGUGGAACGUAGGCUUUAAAAUUUUCCUCACACGUGUUUGACUCGGUCGUUGACAUAUUUGAUGAAGUAUUGCAGCAAUAUUCGGGAUCCGGAACUGUCGAACCGGUCGCCCUUUCAACAGGCCUCUACCCAGCCAGGCUUACGCGGUGCGCGAUCCGCCAACUUGAAACUCACAGGAAGAGUCCAGGGAAUCCCUCAAAUGGGUCGCAGGAGGGUGCUUUAAAGCGAUGCGAUGCCGUUAAGGAAGAUGCUGGCAGAGUUGAGCACCCUGCUGGGGGCAGGUGACACACUUUUAAGCACAACACAGGUGUAUUUAAGCACAAAAUAACAGUCUGUCUUAAGGAAACCUUGGGCCCGUUUCUCACGGAAACGGUGAACCGGCGCCUGGGCUAUACCAUUUAAAAUUGCCAGUGGAAGCUUGUGUGACAGAACGCUUCUCUACAAAGAACAUGAUCUAUCAGAGGUGAAAGUUUUAGUUUAGCUUCUCCCCCCCACCCCCCAACAUGCUAGGGCUUGGGGGAAGGGGAGAAGGCAUUUAUCCAAGAAGGGUGGCCCAGGGAACAGGACUUUCCGGCUUCCCUCUCCUGCCGCAGGUCCUUUCACACCCCCGGAAGCUUCGUUUCUGGGACUUUGUGGAUUCUCAGGAGCAACAUAGGGAGCCGGACUGGGAACUGGCAUAGCUCACCCUCCCCUUCUUCCCAAAGCUGACGGGCACAUCUACGAGCCAACUGGGUGAGAUCCUUUGGAUGCUUUCUGCUCGAGGGUGGCACUUCCCCUCCAAUCCAGGUAGCUGAAGGAGCACUACCUCCAGCCAGACGUGCCCCCAGGCUCCACCCCAGUUUGGCUUUCAGUCACACAAACUCCCACCUGCAACCUGUGCCCAGCCAGAUCACUUCAGGAAGAACCAGGCCACCGCGAGUGGGAUGCUUCCAUUUCCCAUCUCUGGUUCUCGAGUCCAGCGCGCUGCAGCCACACCAGGCGACCCUUUCAAAAAAUCCCCCCUUCCAGGCACAGACACGGCCUGGCGCCGGCCUUUGCCACCCUUCACUUUGGAUUUCCAAGGCUAUGGGUGAUUUAUACUCAGUUCCUUUAAUAAGGCGUCAGAUUUCAUUCAGAAGGCAGCAAGAAGCUGUGUCUUGAAAGGUUUUCCAAGAGGGGUCUUCUUGCCUUGGAGGAUUUCCUGUUUCCUGUGGGAGGACCCCUUGCUCUUAGAAGGACUGGGGGAGAGGCCCAGGGAACAGGACUUUCCGGCUUCCCUCUCCUGCCACAGGUCCUUUCACACCCCCGGAAGCUUCGUUUCUGGGACUCGGGGGAGAGGCCCUUGGCCAGAACGCUUCUCCCCGGAAUAAUAACACUACGGCUGCAUCUCAUCUGUAAUGGCGAGGCUUUUCUCAAAAGGAGACCCUCUCCUGCUGUAUCUUAUGCACUUCACAUGGGGGAGGGAGAGAAGACAUCCAGCCGAGCUGACACCAACUGCCUUAUUUCCUUGAAAGCAGGGGAGGGGGGGGGAAGAAAAAUCUUGCUGGCCCUUGGCUUUUAUCUGCUGGUUUUGUAUUCAGUGGGCAAGUCAACCAUUCCUCCCCCCGCCUCCCAGGCAACAGCGGUCCUCUGAGCAUCUCCAGCCCACCAGAGGUUUCCAUCCAGAAUAGGCCAGGGAGGGCCACAGUCCUGGUGAAAUGGGGGUCGCCUCUGCACAGACCCUACAUGGCCAGCCCCGUUUUCAGUACCACCAGGAGGGAGGGGGUUUAAGGACCCCUUUUCCCAGGCGUUCUUGCCUUCGGAAUGGGCACCUCCGCCUUUCGAAAUGAGCUGUCAACAAGAAAUGAAUCGGGGGAUGCUCCAGGGAGUGGGACGGAGGCCUUGAGGCCUCUGCCUGUUCGUUCUCCACCGAAGACCAGGGAAGCAGCCCUCUCCACAGCCCCCAAGAACCUGGGCUGGCCUCAUUUUGCGCAGGGAUCCCCGCGGCGCAUACAGAGCACAACUCGUAGCUGACCUUAGGAGGUGGCUACAGAUCAGUAUUCAGGUGCAGAGAGCUCAGAGAUGUCCCGUUUUCUGUCGACAAAAAUCGCUUUGUACCUCAGUUUAGGGGAGUGGAAGUCCUGAAUGUAAAACUAGGUCAGACGCGUCCCUCUGCUUAACAGCAACGUUUGGUGUCAUUUCUCUUACAACAAUAGAGGAAACCAUUUCUUCCUAAGCCACACUCGCGUACCUACAGAGCACCGCCCCUCUCCCCCCCCUUCUCUCUCUCUGUAUUACCGCUACUUCAGAAUAACCGCUUCUGUCGAGUCUGCUGUGUCUGUUGUUAGAGGAUUUUGUGUAUAACUACUGUAGAGCAACUUGUAGCUUUCUUCGUCUCAAUUCAGACUCCUUUGAAGAGACUUUGGUGAGAUGUACAUGGGGUUAAAAAAAUUUCACAUGGAGACAAGUGCAAUACGUGUGCGUGGUACGUUUAAUGUAUUUUUUUAAAAAAUAAAAAGAGUUGAAAGGGUUUUAGUCUUUUGCUUUUGGGAGAAAUGCACUAGUUUUGUGAGCCCAUCUGUAGUAUUUACUUGCAGUUGGUAUGCUGGACUCUGUAAAAGCAAUUGCAGUGUAUUAAUGCACAAUAAAGAACCUGGACCUUCCGUUUUUAAACUUC